CGCGCGCCGUCGCGUUGAAUGCACGUCGGAGUGUUUCUCGUUCCGCAAUUGCAUUUACCGUAUUAAUUUAGAACUGACCUGUGAAAAUAACACACUGGUAAUUAAACGUUCUGUGCCGCAUAACAGUGAACUGAACCUGUGUUACAGUGUCCUCGAAAAUCAUCUGGCGACGUGAUCUCUUCUAAACGUCUACGGCUAUCGUUGCGUAUGAGCCACAAAAAGGGAUUAUGAACUAUGGUGACAGCCGGUGACAUGGUGUGAUGCGAGAUGCCGUCAGACAGCGGCAGCGCGUGGGCCCCGCCCACCACGGAGCGGCGACUCAGCAACUCCUCCGACGGCAGCGCCGGCAGCGGAUACUCUAAAGCUACAACAGACAGCGCGGACUUCCUCGCGACCCGGCCGCACACUGCUGCUGUGCUCCCGGGCAAGCCCGCGGCGAACCCGCUGCAGUUCAUCAAGGUCGGCCCCGCUGACCUGGGCACGAGGGCGCGGGAGCAGCUGCGCCGGGCUGAACUAGCGAAGCGGACGGAGCCCGCGCGCAUCGAGCGCCAAGAGGACUGGCAGUCGAACUUGGACAACUGGAAGUCUUCGCGGCGGAAGCGCGUGGAGCACAUCAUAGAGCGGUGCGUGGAGGUGCGCCGCUUCGAGCAGGAGCCCACACAGCCGCGCGCCAAGGCGAAGACCUUCAACGAGAUGCUGGAGGAGAGAGCUGGUCGAAGAAGGCGGAACCCUCUGGCGCUGUAUACGGAGGACGACGGCCACGACCUCAGCGACCUUGGCAUCGGCACCUCCAGCACCAAGAGUAGCCUGAGCGAGGACACAGACAACCACAGCUUGGCGAGCGACGGGAUGGAUCUCGACAAAAACCAUUCGGACGUGGACAAUCUGUCAACCUGCGACAACAAUCGGAAGGUCGGCUCGAGUGCCAACGAAUACGACACCUGUACGACCACGACUAUCAGUUCCCCGGAGCCCGAGGAAUACACAUACGAGGGAGCUAUAGAGGGAUACAAAUCGAGAAUCAUCUCGCAAACGAAUAGUAGCGUAAUCAAAACUGUCGUUAAUAAUAAUAAAGAGAAAUACAUAGACAAAACGAACGGUGAUAUAAACAAAAUAAGAACAUCAGUGAGCAACAUGUUCGAAGCGAAACUAACCUCGCUCCAGCAGGACGGAGGAUUCGACACCAAAAAUAAUAACGCAAAGAAGGACCUGCCAAAAGUAGAUAUUCACAAGCGAAGGGAACAGUUCGAGAGGGAGAACUCGCAGGAGUCGCAAAAUAAUAAGAAAAUACCCGAAAUAAAUAACAAAAGGUCGAUUAAAGAUAGACUGUCAAGUUUAGAAAAGCUUACAGAGGAGUCACAUUUACAAAAAUCUACGAGGGACCUCGAUAAAAUAUCGGCAGAAGUUAAACCUUUGAAAGAAAGGUUGUCGUGUCUCGAGAAGGUGAAAACCUCCGAGCCUGAGAAAGUAAACAGGCUUUCAAACGGAGACUUGAGUAAAACAAAGUCUCUAAAAGAAAGACUCUCGAGUCUAAAGUCACAAAAUGAGGAUGAUAUAAAGAUUACCAAAACGGAGGUCAAAGAAGUGUCCGUUAGUCUGAAAGAACGUCUGUCGAGCUUGGACGCAGCUAAAAACAAGGAAAUACCGAAAAUUGCGAUCGAAGAAGAAAUAUUGAGCAACGCGAAGACUGCAGCAAACGAAACCAAUCAGUUUAGUGAUGAAAUGUACGAUACUUCAUUGAAACUGAACUUGGCUGGCAUAGAAAACCAGAUGCAGAGCUUCUGUCGUUCCCUCGAUAGCUUAGACAUAAACGGUCAGUCGUCGCCAAACUCCUUCGAAAGAGUCCAGAGUCUGGAAGACUUCGAUUGCGCAGAGCUGCAGCACAACACAGCCGUGAGCGACAUCGAGACGGAGGACAGCGGCAUCCACACCGCGAGGGACUCUGCUCCAGCAGACGAUAUCGCAGACUUAACUCAGGUAGCUUCACCCAUCGGAGAACCUAUGAUCGAGGUGUCCGAGUACGAGUCGUCAAACGAAGACAGUGGUGUGCCCCACAUGUCCAAAAUCGACGAACCCGCUCCAGAAACCCACAAGGUGACGGACAAAGUAAUCGUCGAAGAAACCGAGGACCAAGACACCAAAAUUGAAAACAGCGAUAGCAGCAACUACGUCCAAGCCGUGUCGCAGCCAGAAGAGUGUAGUGUUACUGAAGAAGUGACGGAAAUACAAAUGGACAAAGAAGAUGAAGAUACCUUAAAAAGUGUGGACAAUCAGGACUCCAGUGUAAGUGUGAACGACGUGUCCACUGCAUCGGAUGGUGAUACUGUAGUGUUUGAGGGGAAGAUGACUAUACACUUGGAUCUGAAUGAGAUAUGCAAUAGAAACGGUGCUGGUGAAACUAACGAAGCUACCGAACCUAACAAAAGCAUGCCAAUGGUAAUAGAUGCGUUAGAGCUAGCGUUCAAAGAACUAGACUCGGAAGAAAGCGCCAACGUCACCAUGGAUAAAAGUCCAGAGAAGUCGUUGCUAGAUUUUGAUGUGGAGAAGAAAGUUUCAGUGACUCCUCUGUACGAGAACGCGGAUAUCUUCUUCAAGAACCCUGAACCGGAGGCGUUCCCGUUGGAUCUACCAACGAAUGCCAUGGAACCGCCCAAGGAAAAACCACCGCCGCCGCCCAUGGAAGAAAAUGGGGAAGAUGAGCUACUUGGCAACGGUAACUUCAAACACACGAGCUCAGCUCGGCGCAUCAAGAAGGAGAUUCGCAACAAACGUACCAGCUUCCUCGGUAUAGAAGGAGACGACAGCUACCUGGAUGUAGACCUGCAGCUCGCCCCGCGCCCCGACAUCACAUCCUUCCUCCAGGAGGAGACGAAGAUAGAGAAACUCCUCUACAAGAAGACUCUGUCUCACGACAUGGACGCAAAGCUCAGAGACAGCAGAGACUCGGGAGUGGACGUGGACAGGGGACCGUCGGCGGAGGCCUGGUAUAAGCCCUCGCCGGAAAACUCCACGUCGCACAGUAGACAGAAUAGCGAGCCUUAUACCCAAGUGACAUCAGAUGAGGAAGACAAGACCUUCACCAACAACCUCACGGACAAACUGACUACGCUGUCCACGCCGGAAGACAACAUAGACAACCUAGACAAGAAGCUACAGCAGCAGCAGGAGGUUUUACGUCUGGAGAGAGAACUACUGCAACUCGAGCAAGAGGAAUUGAAGAGACAGAGGGAGAAUCUUCUUCGAGACCAGAACAGAAUCAUCCAGAAGUCCGUCCAGGAUAUCUCCUCCGUGCCAGAACAGAGGACGCAGAAGAACCCGGAGUAUAGGCAUUCGAUGCCCAAUCUUCUUCUAAGCGAGAACUUCUCCGUCCAAAAGCCAAUCUUGGAUGAGAAUAAGCGGAAGCCGUUUGUCUCCGAGGAGCACAUUCAGAGCCACUUCGGCGUGGAGGAGAGCCGAAAGGUGCUGUACGAGAAGCCGCAGCCGAAGCCGAUCAGGCCCCCUCAGCCGAUUUUACCUCCCAAGCCUAGGAGCCGGGAUUCCGUGGAGAGAGAGAUGUUAAUGAGAAGCAGUCGCGUAUCUUCAGCGGACUACGUGAACGUGGCGCCCUCUGUCCCCGCGCCCCCCGCGCCGCCCGCCGCUCGACAGAGGAGCGACCAUUAUCACCCUAUGUCAAGGCAUACGCUCCAGGCGUUGUCCGCGGCGCCGUCGUCACGGCUCAUAUCGGGCGCGGAGUGGCUGCAACGCGCGCCGCACCGCCCACAGAACUACAACCAACAUUGGCUCAUACAGGAGGCGGAACAGCGUCGUAUACAGGAGCAACGUAACAAGAUGAGGGUCAACAGAAACUCAUACCACGACGCACAACAAUAUAACAGUACCCCCGAUCGUCGCACGGCGCGCAUGGAGCCCCCGCGACCGGAGCUCCCUCGCAUGGAGCCGAGGGCGGAUCUCCCAAGGGCGGAGCCCCCGAGAGUGGAGCCCCGGGACGACAAGCUGCUCAGCGUCAGCGGCAAGAGGAAGUGCAGCCACUGUGGCGAGGAGCUUGGUCGCGGCGCCGCCAUGAUAAUCGAAUCUCUAUCCCUGUGCUACCACGUGUGGUGUUUCCGGUGCGCGGUGUGCGGCGCCGCGCUCGGCGACGGCCGCGCGGGCGCCGACGUCCGCGUCCGACGUAACAGACUGCACUGCCAUCACUGUUAUUCCGCUGACGACGGCAGCAAAUACUCUGCUGUAUAAUGACGUAGUCUGGUAGAAACUUUGAUGGGCAAACGUAGCCUUGUAAAAACGUACAGCUGGGACGGGUCCCGUGUAUAUUUUAAAGCAUAUCAAUAUUUUGAGGGACAAUAUGAAAACUUUGAGGGGCGGGGGCUAUCGAAGUGGGAGGCGCCGACGUCCGCGUCUGACGGAACAGACGUCACGCCAUCAUUGUUAUUCCGCUGACGAUGACAGUAAAUACUCUGCUGUGUAGUGGCGUAGCUACUUCUCUGUUUUAUGCAGUGGCGUAGCUAGUAUCAAAAAUUUAAGAGGCUCCGUUGAAGGGACCUUUAAAAGUGUGCAGUUACAUGAUAGCUCUAAGUAUUCCACUGAGUUAAGCCCCCAAAUUUUUUGAAGCCCCAAACUAUGUGAAGAUUUAACACACGUCCUAAUAUUCAACUUAUGACAGCAAAUACUGGGCUAUUAUAAAUAUCUUGAUCUGUACAAAAAGUUAAAACUUAAUGGUGAAAAGUGAUUGCCAAAAAAAGCGAGAUUGUUGCAUAUUUUUAUUAUUGCAUAUGCACUUAAAACAGCAUUCGACUGAACCAAAAUUAUGACAAUUAAUUUUAAAAAAUACCUAAUAAAUCGACCCCAAAAAAGGUGGUAAUGUAUUCAUAAGUGUUUUUAUACGAUUGUUUAUUGUACACCAAAUAUUCAAGAGUGGAUCACAGACAACAAUUUAGAUAAGGAAUCACUUCUAAACACAAUUUUAAAUAUGUUUUAAAAAAUUAUAUUUAGUGACCUUUUCAAAGAAAUAUCUACUUUCUUAAUUGUCCAUUGUGACUAAACCCGAGUGACAUUGCGAAUGUUGUGUUCUCUCUUUUUAAGGACCCAUCAAAUAUCUUUAUAAGACAAGCAACCUAUUUUGAUGACUCCAUUAAUCAUCAUCAACCCGCACGAAAACGUCUGUGGCCUCAGCCAGUCUGAGGCCAACAUUGCACGCUUUUGUUUAUCAUCCUAGGGUCAGUCACACCAAAAUCGACGCGAUGCUAAAUUUUUUAAAUCAAAAUUGAACUUAAGUAUUGCCAGCUGUAUCCUGCGUAUACUGAAACGUGUAUUAUUGACUAGUGAAUAGAAGUCAAUUUUGAUUGCUCAAAAAUGCGCGCCGCGUCGUUUUGCGUUAUGAUCUGACUUAUACGUGUAGCUCCUAUUCUUAUUUACUAACUCUGACUAUAUUAAGUAUCACCGUCGUUUUUCGUUAGAAUACUUCGAACUAACCGUUGUGCCAUCCGUCUAAACCCCUUCACCGUUAGAUCUUUUGUAUAAUUUUGUAAAUAUUCGAUAAUUUAUGUGUUAGUUGGUUAGCUUUAAUUAGUACACUAGAUUAGAAAAUGUAUCCCAAAAAUGUUUAUUUUAAUGUAAUAUAUUGUGUUUUCUACAUCACACUAACGAUUGUUAUGUGAAUCUAAUAUUAUGCGGGAACAGUUUUUGUGUAAUUAUGUUAAAAUUGUACAUUGUACGUAUACUACUUGUAUAUUAAUUAAAUUUUAUGAAAC